CUGUCUGUCGGCCCGGCCGCCGCUGCACUCUACCUGCCCGGAACAAAACACCAGAAAACUACCAUGUCUGAGAAACUUCCCUUCAAAGUCGCUGACAUCAGCCUGGCCGAAUGGGGGCGUAAGGCCAUAGAAAUCGCUGAGAAUGAGAUGCCCGGUCUGAUGAAGAUGAGGGAGAUGUACGGUCAGUCCAAGCCGCUGAAGGGCGCCCGCAUCGCCGGCUGUCUUCACAUGACCCUGCAGACCGCCGUGCUCAUCGAGACCCUCACCGCCCUCGGAGCAGAGGUUCAGUGGUCGAGCUGCAACAUCUUCUCCACUCAGGAUCACGCUGCUGCCGCCAUCGCCAAAACUGGCGUCCCAGUGUACGCCUGGAAAGGUGAGACCGACGAGGAGUACGUGUGGUGCAUCGAACAGACUCUGUUCUUCAAGGACGGCCAGGCCCUCAACAUGAUCCUGGACGAUGGAGGAGACCUCACCAACAUGGUCCACACAAAGUACCCCAAACUGCUGGCAGAUAUCCGUGGCGUGUCGGAGGAGACCACCACAGGUGUCCACAACCUGUACAAGAUGAUGAAAAAGGGCGAGCUAAAAAUGCCCGCCAUCAACGUCAACGACUCCGUCACAAAGAGCAAGUUUGACAACCUGUACGGCUGCAGGGAGAGUCUGAUCGACGGCAUUAAGAGAGCCACCGAUGUGAUGAUUGCCGGUAAAGUUGCCGUGGUGGCCGGAUAUGGCGACGUAGGCAAAGGCUGCGUCCAGGCUCUGCGCGGCUUUGGAGCUCGCGUCAUCGUCACCGAGAUCGAUCCCAUCAACGCCCUGCAGGCUGCCAUGGAGGGUUACGAGGUCACCACCAUGGAUGAGGCUUGCAAGGAAGGAAACAUCUUCGUCACCACCACCGGCUGCGAGGACAUCAUCCUGGGACAACACUUCGAGAACAUGAAGGACGACGCCAUCGUCUGUAACAUCGGACACUUCGACUGUGAGAUCGACAUGAGCUGGCUCAACAAAAACGCUGCCGAGAAGGUCAACAUCAAGCCUCAGGUGGAUCGCUAUCGUUUGAAGAACGGCCGUCACAUCAUCAUCCUGGCCGAGGGCAGACUGGUGAACCUGGGCUGUGCCAUGGGACACCCGUCCUUCGUCAUGAGCAACUCCUUCACCAACCAGGUUCUGGCUCAGAUCGAGUUGUGGACAAACACCGCCAAAUACCCCAUUGGAGUCUACUUCCUGCCCAAAAAGCUGGACGAGCAGGUGGCAGCCGCUCACCUGGACAAACUGGGCGUGAAGCUGACCAAGCUGUCGGAGAAGCAGGCCAAGUACCUGGGUCUGCCCACCGAGGGGCCCUUCAAACCGGACCACUACCGCUACUGAGCGGCCCCCGUCCAGCUGGGGAAGAGGCAGAGAAGAAGAAAGAGGAGGAGGAGGUGUGGCUGGAAGGGUGUUGGUGUUUUGGUGCAGCGGUGUUCGGUGGGUGGGAGCACUAUGAGAGAUCGCAGGCAGGUUGCACUCUGGGCACCGUUUUGGGUUUCUGGACUUCUAUAUGUCAACUUUCAGGGACACAGAGAGACAGUUUCUGUUUCUUCCCCUCAGAUAGCCUUCGAUUUUCAAAUGCUCAAAGAAACGUUUUUCAUAUGUUGCAUCCUGUGUCGAUCUAAGUGAUUUGUCACGGCUGCAGAGAGAUCAAACAGCCGGCGUUGAAUCGCUCGUUUGUGGUUAAAACGAGACUUUUGCUGCUCCAGACAGCUACUUUGACCCAAAGCUUCUGUAGGAAUAGGAGAUUCUGGACAUCAGGAGGUUGUCGAAGGCUGUUUUUAGUAGUUAAAUCAACAUCUAAACCUGAAUUUCGCCUGAAACUUCAUAGUUUGUCUCACCGCCAUCUUUUUCACUCUAACACACCAGUAUCCUCGGUCGCUGCCGUCUCCUCUCUCUUUCUCAUCAAUGCUGCCGUGGCUGUUAAAGACCUCUUGUUGUUCGUCAUUCCCUCUCCGUUUAUGGAAUAAAAUAAUGCUUUCCUACCUGAGCUCUUCUCUCCGUCUCGUCGCGGCUCGAGGUGGGAGGUGACAGAACAGGUUCUUCUUCUGCCUCUGUAAAUGAAUCGAGGCAGUAGCUGCCUUAUUCCAGAAUAUUCCCAUCGACGCCGCCCUGUGCGAGCACUUAAAACUGCACCUAAACUGUGCGAGAAGAAGCGUUUUCUGAGUGUUUACUAAUUAUCCAGUGAGGAGAAGCACUGCUGCCAAAGGAAUCACCAAAGCUUGUUUUUGCCUGAUUUUAAAACAAAAGUCUUACUUCUUUUGCCUCAUUUUUUCUUCCAUGAUUGUGAUUAUUUGAUUUGACUUGAAGGGCCAAAAACAUGUGCAGCGGCCCCCCACAUUUCCUUUGAUUUCUCACUGUAGCCAAUCAGGGUGACGUUAAAGUGGUGGUCGCGGUUCUCAACGGUUACAGCCUGAAGUGCAGAGUUCAGCUGCUUGUUAACGAUGGAUUCAAACUGUCAGUGUGACACUGAGAAAAUAAAAACCAUGUUGACUCUG